CGUCCACUGCAUAGUGCACUCCCAGCAGAGCCACGGGGGCCAGGUUCACACCCCUGAGAUGGGUUCUCCGGUGCUGGGUCACUCCUUCAGCCCCCCGGGAUCUGCUGCGGAGCCGCAACCACGGCCAGCUGCCCAUGGACAGCCCAGAGCGCCGGCGGCGUACCGGCCACGGCAGCCUGACCAACAUCAGCCGCCACGAGUCGCUGAAGAAGAUGGAGAGCCCGCCCAUCCGACGCUCCACUAGUUCUGGCCAGUACACAGCCGUGUUCCAGGAGCCCCACCCACACCCGCACGGUGGUGGCGGCAAGCCCCUGGACCCGGAGACCAUCGCACAGGACAUAGAGGAGACAAUGAACACGGCGCUGAACGAGCUGCGGGAGCUCGAGAGGCAGAGUUCGGCCAAGCACGCCCCCGACGUGGUGCUGGACACUCUGGAGCAGAGGCAGUCGACCGGGGGCCCCACCCCAGCUAGUUCCAGCGAGUCCCUCAGUCCCCUCCACAACAUCCUGCUGAGGGCCCAGACCGGCGAGGCCGGGGGGGCGCCGAUGCGCCGCAGCACCAGCUCCUCCAGCGACACCAUGAGCACCUUCAAGCCGAUGGUGGUGCCCCGCAUGGGGGUGCAGCUCAAGCCGCCCGCUCUGAGGCCUAAGCCCCUGGUCCUGCCCAAGACGGGCCCGACCCACCUCCCCGCCGCACCCCCUCCCCAGGACCCCCUGGACAAGUCGUGCACCAUGUGAACGCUGAACUCUGGGACAGGAGCAGAGGCCAAUGGGAGAAGAGUCUAGAUACAGUAGCAACAUGUUAUCGAUGUGUAUAGAUUCUAAUAAUAAUUAUAACAUUGUGAGGACAGUAUAAGAACAGUCCAUUGCCUGGACAUUGAUUAAAGAGAUCUGAGACAUUCAAGUAAGCAAGGAUGCUGUAUUUGUUUUCUUUGUGAGGUGGAUUUGUUUUCUUGCAGUGUCUAGAAGUUAACCAGUGUCAAGUAAGUUAACUACAUUUAUUGACAAUGACAACAUAGGGAUAUUCUCUGGUCUGCUAAACAGACUGAACUACCACAAAGAAAAGGGCAUGUUUCAGUGUGAAUAUUUUCAACAGACAAAUAGUUUGUCAAUAUCAUAUGGGAAAUACUGUAGAAUCUGCUGAAAUGCCUUGCAUCGCUAGAUAAGUCAACUUUUUCUUCAUCAUUACUAUAUACAGUAACAAAAACAAAGGCUUCCUUCGAGGUUACAGAAACUAGAGAACUACAAAAGAAUGAACGCUAAAGAAACGAAGUGGUGCACGUUUUGUUUACUACUCAGCCAGGGGGACUAUGGGAAAUGUAGUCCGUGUCGGCUGUGCCCGACUGGAGUUCGCUUCUCACUUAGAUGAAAAAUACUUAGGUUUAGAGUACUGAUCGUAUGGCCUUACUGCCACUCAGAAAUAUAAGCUGUCAAUAGUGUUCAAACCACCAAUCGAAAGCUGCUGGUAGUAUGAGUGUAGCUAACUAAUAUUUAUAGCUGAGAUUGAGACAGAGACUGACUGAAGCAGGGAGUGGAAGAGUCCAGAUAUGUGUGUGAUGAUAAGGGUACACUUAUAUAUAUAUAUAUGUAUGAAUUAUGAAAACUUGUACAAGAUUCAAGUUGUACAUGUUGAUUUCACAUGGCUUUUUUUAACACAGAAGAGUCGUUUUAAACAAGGUCUGGAGGGAGACGAGGAUACAACCACUAUGUGAAAUAUUACCCAUUAUGGAAAUUCUGUGAAAAUUGUUAUAUACCCUUAAAGACCUGUGUCGAACCUUCGUUGGCCUUAUGUUUUUAGAAUCAAGGAUCCGGUUGAGAAUGGUUUGCUGUACUAUAGACGCCCCACAAUGCAUAUGACCAAUGGUAUACACAACACACAAGAGCUUGCUUUACUGUACAACAACACACAAUGCCUGGCUUUCUCUGUCCAAAUGAAUCAUAGUUUUAGAGCAUGGAUGUUACUCUCUCUUUCUCUCCUUGUGCAAGACUCCAAAAACUUGUGGAAAGACUCACGGCAACUCUCCCAACGACGGAGUGCUGCCAGUAGCCAUGGACUAACUGACUGUUACUGUAAAAUACUACCUUGUUCAUCAUACUGCUUCUUGUGUUUCUUGUCAAUGUCAGUGUGUGAGGAGCUUUCUAUCCCAAUAGCCCCCUCUGACCAUGUAGGCUAAUCCUUGUGUUGUGGAUAGAGAGAUGGGCUGGUCCAUUACUCUGUGGGGGAGAUGUGACUGAUGUUUAGAUUCUCCAUCAGGAAUUUGUCAUUACAUGUAUGCGAUAAACCCCCUCUUGAAUGAUUUAUUUGGUCCUGGGGAAUACAUAAUCGCAUGUCACAUGAUGUGGGUGUAUGUGACAACUGACCACCGAGGGAACUGGCCUACUCAUACUGGAACUGAAUGCCCCCCUGUUUUCCAAUUCUGUGACAGCGCCCUCUAGAAGUCUGUCUGUGUAGCUGAAGAAAGAAGACUGAUAGGUGCAUGUGUGGGGAAGCAUCUGGUUAAAGAGCAAGGACAAACAAAACCAAAUUCCCAAUAAGCAAUGUUUUCCUUGAAAUACAAACUGCAACAGGUUUAUUUUUGUCUAUUGCAAAACAUUCAUGUAUAUUAAAAGUGAAUAUGAUCUGAAUUCUGGAUUUUACAACCUUUUUUUCUGAGUUCUGUAAUGUUUAUUUGUUUACGAUUUUAGUUUUGUUAGAAUUGGAUAGGAUUUUUUGAACAAAGGAUGUAGAAAUUCAAAAAUGUCUCAAGUUGCAGGUGUCCCACCCAAACCCGGAUCGUAUUCAUUCGACACCAAAUGGAAGAGAACUGACAAACGGAGGCAGUACCAAGAAGAAACACUCAUUUAGUUUUCCGUUUUGCUACAGUGUCUCCUAAUGAACAUGAGCCUGUUGUAUUCUGUGUUCUCUCUAUGCCAAUCAUACACAGUAGUGUCCUGCCUGUUGACUAACUUUGUGUCCUUGUACAUCUGUAGUAUGUACACGUGAAAGUGCCUUUGAAAAUGUUUUCGAGGAACUUUAACUAUGUUCUGUACUGUUGCAUUCUCAUUUCAGACCCUGUGUUACGAGCAGUAGGAAGCGAGAUGAAUGAAUUAAUAAUGAUGAUGCCAUUUUAGAAAAAGUUAUUAAUUAUUGAAUAAUAAAGAUACUGCUUAUACAUUGUGACAAUGCACUUUUAUGUAUAGAACUGUAUAUUUGGCAUGAAAUAUCUUAACUUUUAGAGCUAUUUGAGGGUUGUUCCUCAAGGGUUUUUCUUUCUAAUAAAGGCAAUUGUUCAGUC